GGUGAGGAGGGGGGAGGGGGGGGUCAGCAGAGGAUUGAGGGCAGAACGUCUCCGCUCCUCCCCCUCUUGCUCUGCGUCGCGCAGUCGGUUUGGAGCGGGGACGGGAGCGAACGGUGGCGGCGGCGGCGGCGGCAGGAUGAUACCGGAGCUGGAAAAAAGCACAGUGCGCAUUCGACAUCCAGAGCGCGUCCAACAAAUCAUCUCCUCCCUCCGUGAUGGGGGAGCCUCGAAACUGCAGAUCGUGACGGAUUUCGAUAUGACCUUAACCCGGUUUGCCCACAAUGGAAAAAGGAUCCCGACGUGUCACAAAAUUAUUGAUAACAACAAGCUGAUCAGUGAUGAAUGCAGUAAGAAGCUGAAGGACCUGGUCAACAUCUACUACCCCAUUGAGAUCGAUGCGAGUCGCAGCAUCGAGGAGAAGCUUCCGCUGAUGAUCGAGUGGUGGACGCAAACACACGGCCUGCUGGUGCAGCAGAGGGUUCGGAAAGAUCAGCUGGCGGAAAUCGUGCAGGAGUCCGGCGUGGUGCUGAGGGAGGGCUACCAGACUUUCUUCGAUGAGCUUCUCAAGAGCAACAUUCCCGUCUUCAUAUUCUCGGCUGGGGUUGGUGACAUUUUGGAGGAAAUAAUUCGACAGGUCAACGUCUACUACCAGAAUGUGACGGUGGUUUCCAACUUCAUGGACUUUGAUGAGAAGGGGUGUCUGAGAGGCUUUAAAGGCGAACUGAUCCACAUCUACAACAAGGGCGAAGGGGUUCUGCGCAACACGGACUACUUCCAGCAGCUGAGUGACUACACCAACGUCAUUCUGCUCGGAGACUCGCUGGGCGACCUGGAUAUGGCAUGUGGGGUCCAGAACAUGGAGAACAUCCUGAAAAUAGGAUUCCUCAAUCACACGUUGCGGCGUGAUUGCAGGCGCGUCAGCGAGGUUGUGGAAAAUGCCACGUCCUCGAUCGGCGCUCUGCUCCUCCCGGCCGCAGUGGUGGCGGCUGACUGA